UAUGCAAAAUUCGUUAUGUUACGCCCACCGGAACGACUUGUGGUACUAAACUAUCUAGUCUACUAGACCCGCAAAACCUUUAGACCAGGGGUUCUCAACCUUUUUUUCUGUCAAGUACUUCUAGUUGGUCUUGCUCAACACUUUUUGCAUGUGUCAUUCCUAAUCCCCACCUAAAUAUGUCACCAAAAAAUCAUGUCAUUACGACAUCACAGUUUUGUAAUAAAAUCCUCCACAAAGUAUACGGACAGUCGUCCCAAACACACAGACAAUUAUCCGAAAUUGAGCAAGUUACUUUUUUCGUUUUCUUGUCGCAACGAACGAUGUUAGAGAGAUUGCCGAUGUUCGUUAUCGGCAGCGCAAAUGCCAUUUCGGGUGAACGCAGCUAUACUUUGGCAAGCUAUAUAACAUGAGUGUGGCGUCGUAGUGACGUCAUUUUUGGAUGGCAUAGUCAGGUGGGGGUUACUAGACCCCAUCACUAAUCCAGAUUUAGUACCAGUAAGCUUGAGAACCAGUGAUGCACAUUCUAAGUUUUAGAUUUCAUGCUAUGCUAGCAUAGACAAUCAACAAAAAUGCCAUCACUGUUAAUCAACCACAUCAGUUUACUUCUUUCUUAUUUUAAAUUAUAAAAAUUAGACUAUCCUUUUAAUUAGUCAAAAACUUCAGCUCGUUACUAUUCCAGAAUGGCUGCAAAACGACUUGGAAGGUUAUGUGAACGUACUACCUCCCUUUUGCUCUGUGACAUGCAAGAGAAGUUUGCUGGAAAUAUUGUUUAUUAUCCAGAAAUAAUAAGCGUUUCUAAAAGAAUGUUUGACUUGGCAAAAAUUAUGAAUAUUCCAACAUUCGUAACGGAGCAAUAUCCAAAAGGUUUAGGCCCAACAGUAAAGGAUCUCGGAGAUCUUACCUACGCAAAGAAGUUCGAAAAAACAUGUUUCUCCAUGGUUCCCAGUAUUCAACAAGAACUCGAGAAACUACCAGAUGUGAAAUCGAUAAUUCUAUGUGGCAUUGAAACGCAGGCGUGCAUACUUCGUACAACGACAGAUUUGUUAGAAAAAGAUUAUGAAGUACAUGUUGUUGCAGAUGCAGUUUCAUCAAGAAGUCAAACUGAUAGGCUCUUUGCCCUUUCCACAAUGCGGCAAAUGGGGGCGUAUAUUACUACAUCUGAAACUGUUUUGUUACAAAUACUUGGAGAUGCAAAGCAUCCAAAAUUCAGAGAAGCUCAAAAAUUAAUAAUGACAUCUGCUCCAGACAGUGGACUCAUACAACUGUUUUCAAAUCCGAUGCUGUGAGGUUUUCCGCCAGUGAUUAUGAUAGGAUGUCAUGUAUGGACACCCUAAUAAUUUUUUUAAUGCAAUUCAACAUUAACGUCAAAAUAUAUUUUUGGUUUAAAAAUACCUUCUUUCCAAUUGAAUUUACGAUCGUUUGUGAUUGAAUCAUGUUUUUUAUUCAGGGAUUUUUGUGAUAUAUGUUAUCAAUUUGCUGUAUAUCUAAAUGAUCCUCAUAUAUUAUGAAGCCAAUCUAAUUACUGGGGGUCCCUUAGUGGUAUUCAACCCAAAAUCUAUUUAGUGAGGUUAGAGGGUUAUUGCGCUCGAAUUUUUUGUUUCAGAUGCAUAUUCCUUUGCCUAGAACAUUUAACUGGCAGGGCGUAUUCGACAUCCAUAUUUGCAGUGCUCGUCUGGACUAUAACUGCCUUGGGAUUUUUUGCUUAUUUAUGCAGGGGGAUAAGAACUCAAUAUUAUGGCUUUAUCAUAUGGCAGACAACAGCUUAUAUGUAGGCAUUGCUAGCAGUUAUUUAGUUCAUCUUUCUAGGCGAAUAGUGUCAGCCCUUUUUGUGGACAGUGGGUCCAUCGAAUGGUCUGUUUAGUUAUGCUGAUUAGAGAACCAGCAUCAGAUCCAACUUUCAAACUCAACCAUAGCAACAUGAAAAAAUAAUUUAACAAGGUGCUGACACUGCUUACUAAAUUCAUUAGUUCCAUGCUCUUAUAAUGGUGUUUAAAUUGAUGAAUAAAUGAACCUGAAUUUGCAAAAAAAAAUGUAACAAGCCAAUUGUCAUUACUUCAAUUUUAGUCAAGGUGGGGGAAUUGCUUGAUUUUGUUUGCAUUUUCAUGGGUGUGGUGCUUAUUGCCCGCCAAUUUCCACAUUCGGCUUUAUCAAAACUGGUUUUGGUGCUAAACUGCUAACAUUUUUAUAAUUUGUGAAUAUAUAAUUUUUAUUUUAUGGUAAUAGUUUAAUAUUGACAGAUAAUACAAAUGCUUAUUAUUUGAUGCCCUAAUGUAAUUAUAUAUGCAAAAUUAAAAUGUGUUAAUUUUUGUUUUAUUUCUACAUAACCAUAAAUAUGUAGAUGUGGUAAAAUCCAUAAGAUGUCCUUUCACUGUUCAAUCUAAUUUUUAUGUUAACCUGAAUAUUGAAUGACUUUUUGUAUAAGUUUUGUUAAGUGGGUGCAUAGUGAAGUGCCUUCUAUUGAUAGUCCUAUGAUCAGUAAAUUUGCUCAUGCAGAUACUAUUGGAAAAAUUUAUGAUAAUAUUUCUUUCUGGUGACAACUUCAUGUUUUUUGAUCACGCCAAUAAUGAACUAUAUAUUAUUAACAGUU